CGCGCCGCUUUCCCCAAGCCCGCAGUGAUGGGAGCUGCGCGGGGAGCCCCGAGCAGACCCCACCGGCUGCCGCUGCUCAGCGUCCUGCUGCUGCCGCUGCUAGGCGGUGCCCAGGCAACCAUCGUCUUCAUCAAGGAGCCAUCCUCCCAGGAUGCCCUGCAGGGGCGCCGGGCACUGCUCCGCUGCGAGGUCGAGGCGUCAGGCUCUGUACAUGUGUACUGGCUGCUGGAUGGAGCCCCUGUCCAGGACACUGAGCGGCGUUUCGCCCAGGGCAGCAGCCUGAGCUUCGCGGCUGUGGACCGGCUGCAGGACUCGGGAGCAUUCCAGUGCGUGGCUCGGGAUAAGGCUACUGGAGAGGAGGCCCGCAGUGCCAACGCUUCCUUCAACAUCAAAUGGCUUGAGACUGGUCCUGUGGUCCUGAAGCAUCCAGCCUUGGAAGCCGAGAUCCAGCCACAGACUCAGGUCACUCUGCGAUGUCACAUUGACGGGCACCCUCGGCCCACCUAUCAGUGGUUCCGAGAUGGGAGCCCCCUCUCUGAGGGUCAGAGCAACCACACAAUCAGCAGCAAGGAGCGGAACCUGACCCUCCGGCCAGCGAGCCCUGAGCAUAGUGGUGUCUACUCCUGCUGUGCCCACAAUGCUUUUGGUCAGACCUGUAGCAGCCAGAACUUUACCUUGAGCAUUGCUGAUGAGAGCUUUGCCAGGGUGGUGCUGGCGCCGCAGGAUGUGGUAGUGGCAAGGAACGAGGAGGCAAUGUUUCACUGUCAGUUCUCAGCCCAGCCACCCCCAAGCCUGCAGUGGUUCUUUGAGGAUGAGACUCCCAUCACUAACCGCAGCCGCUCCCUACACCUCCGCAGAGCCACCGUGUUUGCCAAUGGGUCUCUGCUGCUGACCCAGGUCCGGUCGCGCAAUGCCGGGGUCUACCGCUGCAUAGGCCAAGGCCAGAGGGGCCCUCCCGUCGUCCUGGAGGCCACGCUUCACCUGGCAGAGAUUGAAGAUAUGCCGCCACUUGAGCCUCGGGUGUUCACGGUCGGCAGCGAGGAGCGUGUGGCGUGCCUGCCUCCCCAGGGUCUGCCGGAGCCCAGCACGUGGUGGGAGCACGCAGGGGUGCGGCUGCCCGCCCACGGCAGAGUCUACCAAAAGGGCCGUGAGCUGGUGUUUGCCAGUACUGCCGAGAGUGAUGCCGGUGUCUACACCUGCCAUGCAGCCAACCUGGCUGGUCAGCGGCGACAGGAUGUCAACAUCACUGUGGCCACUGUGCCCACGUGGUUGAAGAAGCCUGAAGACAGCCAGCUAGAGGAGGGCAAGCCAGGCUACUUGCAUUGCCUGACUCGGGCCACACCGAAGCCCACAGUCACGUGGUACAGAAACCAGAUGCUCAUCUCGGAGGACUCGCGGUUCGAGGUUUCCAAGAAUGGGACCUUACGCAUCAACAGCGUGGAGGUGUAUGAUGGGACAUGGUACCGCUGCGUAAGCAGCACCCCAGCUGGCAGCAUUGAGGCCCAAGCCCGUGUGCAAGUGCUGGAAAAGCUCAAGUUCACACCACCACCCCGGCCACAGCAAUGCAUGGAGUUUGACAAGGAGGCCACGGUGCCCUGCUCAGCCACAGGCCGGGAGAAGCCCACUAUUAAGUGGGUACGAGCAGACGGGAGCAGCCUCCCGGAGUGGGUGAAAGACAACGCUGGGACCUUGCACUUCUCUAGGGUGACCCGCGAUGAUGCUGGCAACUACACUUGCAUCGCCUCCAAUGGGCUGCAGGGCCAGAUCCGUGCCCACGUCCAGCUUACUGUGGCAGUUUUCAUCACCUUCAAGGUAGAGCCAGAGCGCACAACCGUGUACCAGGGCCACACAGCUCUGCUGCGGUGCGAGGCCCACGGGGACCCCAAGCCUCUCAUUCAGUGGAAGGGCAAAGACCGCAUCCUGGACCCCACCAAGCUGGGACCUAGGAUGCACAUCUUCCAGAAUGGCUCCCUGGUGAUCCACGAUGUGGCCCCUGAGGACUCGGGGCGCUAUACCUGCAUUGCGGGCAACAGCUGCAACAUCAAGCACACAGAGGCCCCCCUCUACGUCGUGGACAAGCCUGUGCUGGAGGAGUCGGAGGGCCCGGGCAGCCCUCCCCCGUACAAGAUGAUCCAGACCAUUGGACUGUCCGUGGGCGCCGCCGUGGCCUACAUCAUUGCCGUCCUGGGUCUCAUGUUCUACUGCAAGAAGCGCUGCAAGGCCAAGCGGCUUCAGAAGCAGCCAGAGGGCGAGGAGCCCGAGAUGGAGUGCCUCAACGGUGGGCCUUUGCAGAAUGGGCAGCCCUCAGCGGAAAUCCAAGAGGAAGUGGCCUUGACCAGCCUGGGCUCUGGUCCUGCAGCCACCAACAAACGCCACAGCACAAGUGAUAAGAUGCACUUCCCGAGGGCCAGUCUGCAGCCCAUCACCACCCUGGGAAAAAGCGAGUUUGGAGAGGUGUUCCUGGCAAAGGCACAGGGCUUGGAGGAGGGGGUGGCAGAGACCCUGGUGCUUGUGAAGAGCCUGCAGAGUCGGGACGAGCAGCAGCAGCUGGACUUCCGGAGAGAGUUUGAGAUGUUUGGGAAGCUGAGCCAUGCCAAUGUGGUGCGGCUCCUGGGGCUGUGUCGGGAGGCCGAACCCCACUACAUGGUGCUGGAGUAUGUAGACCUGGGGGACCUCAAACAGUUCCUGAGGAUUUCUAAGAGCAAGGAUGAAAAAUUGAAGUCACAGCCCCUCAGCACUAAGCAGAAGGUGGCCCUCUGCACCCAAGUGGCCCUGGGCAUGGAGCACCUGUCCAACAACCGCUUUGUGCACAAGGACCUGGCUGCUCGCAACUGCCUGGUCAGCGCCCAGAGACAGGUGAAGGUGUCGGCCCUGGGGCUCAGCAAGGACGUGUACAAUAGUGAGUACUACCACUUCCGCCAGGCUUGGGUGCCUCUGCGCUGGAUGUCCCCGGAAGCCAUCCUCGAGGGCGACUUCUCCACCAAGUCGGAUGUCUGGGCCUAUGGCGUGCUGAUGUGGGAAGUGUUCACCCAUGGAGAGAUGCCCCAUGGUGGGCAGGCCGACGAUGAAGUGCUGGCAGACUUACAGGCUGGGAAGGCCAGGCUCCCACAGCCUGAGGGCUGCCCUUCCAAGCUCUACCGGCUGAUGCAGCGUUGCUGGGCCCUCAGCCCCAAGGACAGGCCCUCCUUCAGUGAGAUCGCCAGCACCCUGGGAGACAGCCCCGCAGACAGCAAGCCGUGAGGAGCCAGCCCAGGCAGGCUACGCCUCAGGACCCAUGGGCGGGGAGGACCUCUUGAAGGGUGCCUGCAGCAUGACGGGCAAGAUCCCUGUCCUUCUUGGCCCCAGGGGCCCUGCCCUGGCGCUAUAGGCACUGCUUAGGUCUGGGCAGGGUCUAGGAUUUCCUCCUCUUUCUUACCCUCAGCCUUUGGGGAAGCUGAUUGGGACCCAGAAUGGGUGACUAGGGCCUUGGGCUGGGCAGCUUUCCGCGCCACCCUUUCCCCCAUCAGGGACAGUGUGGGUGCCUCAGGUAACCCCAGUUUCUGGCCUGGGUCUCCUCCCUUUGACCAGGUCCAGUUCUGUCACUCACCUGCCAACUUUGCCCAGGGAGGGCUAGGCUGGAGAUGAGUUGGGUUUGAGGGGUGUUCCUUAAUAUACUCAAAUUCCCGAGUAGUUCUGGCCCAUGGGGCCUCCCUUGGGGUCUGCGCCAGGAUCAGGAGGACACGCCAGAGCGUCCUCCCCGCAUGGACUUGUGCACGCUGACCAUACCCGUGCCUCCUCCCCACCCUUCUCUCCUUUCCUCGUCCUAAGUGCCUGGCAGAUGAAGGAGUUUUCAGGAGCUUUUGACAUUAUAUAACCCGCCCUUUUUGUAUGCACCAUGGGCGGCUUUUGUAUGUAC